UUCUGUUCUUGCAGCUUCAAGGAUACGGUAUGAAAUCACCCAGGGCAACAUAGGAGGUGCAUUUGCAGUAAAGAAUGAGACUGGAGCCAUCUUCGUGGCUGGUCCAUUGGACUACGAAACCAGGAAAGAGUUUAACUUGACGCUGGUUGCGUCGGACACGCUGCACGAGGGGAGCACGACGGUGCUAAUCCACAUCAAGGAUGUCAACGACCUGCCGCCAGUUUUCGACCGCCCUUCGUACGAGACCACCAUCAAGGAGGAGGUGUCCCACAAUUUGCCCCUGAGAAUCAUGACGGUGACAGCGACUGAUGGGGAUAAGGAUCGCGAGUCACUGAUAGUCUACUUCCUGACGGGCCAAGGCGUGGACGAAGAUCUCGGCAACAGCAAGUUUGCCAUCAACACGACUACUGGAGAAAUUUAUGUGCUCAAGCCACUAGAUAGGGAUCUUCCACACGGGCGGUCCCAGUGGCGCUUCACCGUCUUUGCCGAGGAUGAGGGAGGCAACGGCUUGGUCGGCUUUGCAGACGUCCUCGUCAACCUCAAGGACGUGAACGACAAUGCUCCCUUCUUCCCAUCUGCCAUCUACACUGGCAAUGUGACAGAAAACGGGACCGCCGGCAUGACUGUGAUGACCAUGACUGCCACGGAUUAUGAUGACCCCAACGAAGGAAACAACGCCCGUCUUACCUACUCAAUCGAGCAAAAUCAAGUGAAUGAGAACGGCGAACUCAUCUUCACCAUUGAUGAGGAGACUGGAGUCAUUUCAACUGCCGUAUGCUGUCUUGAUCGGGAAACAAACCCAGAGUACACAAUCAAGGUCGUCGCUGUCGACGGUGGCGGUCUCAAAGGAACUGGGACGGCCACAAUCAAGAUCAAGGACAUUAAUGACAUGCCUCCCGAAUUCACAAAGAAGGACUGGUUUGUUGAUGUGGAGGAAACCGAAGCUGACAACAUCCCUGAAAAUCCAAUUUUGGUUGUGUCAGUCAAUGAUGGCGAUCUUUUGGAGACCAACCGAUUCAGCUACAAAGUCAUCGACAACACCUUUGGGUCAGACAAGUUUACCAUGGUGACAAACUCUGAUGGCACAGGAUCUCUCAAAAUUGCCAAGCCACUUGAUUAUGAAGACCUGCAGCAGCGCUUUGGCUUCAAUAUCACUAUCCAAGUGAGCGACAAUGGCGGGGAGUCAACUGACCCGUACCACGCCGACUAUGCCAAGGUCAAGGUUAGGGUCAAAGACAUCAAUGACAACAAACCAGAGUUCGAGCGACCCAACAUUGAAGUCUCUGUGCCUGAAAACUCCACCGUGGGCUCGAGCUUGGCCACGUUCAAAGCCACUGACGCAGACCAAGGUGGCAAGUCACGUGUCAGCUAUAUGAUUGACCGCUCUUCGGACAAGAAGCGGCAGUUCAAGAUCAAUCCGAACGGGGUUGUGGAGAUCCAAAGGACUCUGGACCGAGAGGACAUUCCUAGACACCAGGUCAAGAUCCUUGCCAUCGAUGAUGGUGUUCCAUCCCGCACGGCAACUGCAACGCUGACGGUGGUGGUGAGCGACAUCAACGACAACCCGCCGCGGUUCCAGUACGACUAUCGACCUGUGAUUCCCGAACACACACCGCCCCAGAAGGUGCAGGAGAUUCUGGCCACGGAUGACGACGACCGAUCCAAGAACAACGGUCCCCCCUUCACUUUCCGCAUGGACCCCAAUGCCCCGGAGCUCAUCCAGCAGUUCUUCCGCGUCGAGCACGACCCAACUGGUGCCAAUGGGGACGGCAUGGCAGUGGUGCGAUCCCGAGAGACAUUUGACCGGGAGACCCAGAAGGAGUACUUGGUGCCCAUUCUGAUCAAAGACAAUGGCAAUCCCUCUCUCACGGGCACCUCGACUCUCACUGUCAUCAUCGGUGACAUCAACGACAACCGAAUGCACCCGGGCAGCAAAAGCAUCUUCGUCUACAACUUCAAAGGAGAGUCGCCACCAACGAAGAUUGGUCGCAUCCAUGUGGAAGACCUUGACGAUUGGGACUUGCCGGACAAAACAUUCUUCUGGGAGAACAAUAAUGCCCAUCCAAACUUCGACAUGGACGGCCAUACUGGCAUGAUCACCAUGCUCAACUCCACGGGCGCAGGCACCUACUUCCUGCGCUUCCUUGUCUACGACCGCAUGCACACCAUGGAUGCCCACGCCAACGUCACGGUCACGGUCAAGGAGAUACCAGAGGAGGCCAUCUACAAUUCUGGCUCCAUCCGUGUGGCUGGUAUCACAGAUGAGGACUUUAUUCGGGUGUGGGAUUGGAAAAAGCAGCGUCAGGUGAAGAGCAAGUACGAGAUCUUCCGGGACCUGAUAGCCGAGCUAAUCAAGACCAAGCCCUACAACGUGGACAUCUUCAGUGUCAUUCUAAAGCAAUCUCGACCACCCAUCACGGACAUCCGCUUUUCGGCCCAUGGCUCGCCCUACUACAAGGCCAGCCUACUGAACGGCGUCGUAGCUGUCAAUCGUCGCGAGAUUGAAAAUAAAGUUGGCAUCAAUAUUACGAUGGUAGGCAUCGAUGAGUGCCUCUUGGAAAACCACAACUGUGAAGGAAGCUGCACCAAUGUGCUCAUGAUAGACCGCAAUCCGGUCAUGGUCAAUGCAAACCGCACCUCCUUUGUCGGGGUGAACACUUGGGUGAAAGCAAAGUGCACGUGUGGUGCUCGAGACUUCUCCGAGAUAGAGUCCUGUCGCAAGAGGCCACCUCCUUGCUACAACAAUGGCCGCUGCGUUGAUACUUACACUGGCAUCAGCUGCCGCUGCCCAUCUGGCUUCCACGGUCCGCAGUGCCAGCAGACGACCCGGCACUUUAAUGGCAAGGGCUGGGCCUGGUUCCCUCCGCUGCAGCAGUGCGAGGAGUCGCACCUGAGCCUGGAGUUUAUGACGGACCGAGCCACAGGGCUGUUGCUCUACAAUGGGCCGAUCUCGCGGCCCGACCCCGGCGAGCUGGUCAUCCAGGACUUCAUCUCGCUCGAGCUGAACGGUGGCAGGCCUCGGCUGCUGCUCGACUUCGGGUCGGGCACGGCGGAGUUGCUGGUGCAGGUGGAGGAGGCCCUCAAUGACGAGAACUGGCAUCGGCUGGACGUCUUCUGGGACCGCCAGUCCGUUCGGCUGAUGGUGGACAAUUGCCUGUCAGCCCGCACGCACGAGGGGAACCAGACGAUUGACCGGUCACGCUGCGAGAACAGCACCCAAGUACCCGAGUUCAACGAGUUCCUCAAUGUGAACACGCCCCUUCAGCUAGGCGGCACCCAUGUCGGGGGAAAGGACCUUGGUGCCUAUGCCUGGCAGUACCGGCACACCACCGAAGGCUUCCAGGGCUGCAUCAAGAAUGUCAUCCACAACAGCGAGAUGUAUGACUUGGGAUCACCCGGCAGUUCAUACAACAGUGUGGCAGGAUGUCCUCCAGCAGAGAGUUCGUGCAGCGAAGCAGCUCUGCUACACCAGUCAUGUGGGCACGGCCACUGCCUGGGCACCUACAAGGGAGCUGAAUGCGUCUGCGAUCCUGGCUGGCAUGGGCCCAACUGUGACCGAGAAACCCAGUCAAAGAUGUUCCAGCAGAGCAGUUACAUCAAGUAUGCUCUGCCCUUCGACCCACACCCAUACAAGACUGACAUCCAGCUACAGUUCCGCACCCGUCAGAAACAUGGGGAACUUUUCCGCAUCACCAGCAAGCAUGGAAGGGAAUACUGCAUCCUUGAGAUCCGGGACAAGAAGUUGCGGUUCCGUUUCAACCUGGACCGCAGCCGCACUUCGGACGAGCGUGAGCUGUGGCUGCCCUGGGUGUGGGUGAACGACGGUCAGUGGCAUACAGUGCGGGCACUACGCCACGGGGCGUCGGCCAGCCUGGCGUUGGACGGAGGCUCGGGUCGGCGUUACAACGAGCUGGUGGACUGGCAUAGUCCCCACCAGCACAUGUGGGUGGAGAAGCAGAACGUCAUUGCGGGGGGAGACGUGCAGUAUGUUGGCCCCGGAGUGACGGUCGUCGACAAUGACUACCAAGAAGGAUGUAUGAAUGACAUCCGCUUGGACCAGCACUAUCUGCCGAUGGAGAGUGGUUCGGAAUAUGCGGCUGUGGUCGAGUGGCGCAACUUGAUUGACGGCUGUCCGUCCAAUAAUCCUUGCCACGGGAUCAGCUGCCCACGACCGUUUGUUUGCGUCGACCUGUGGAUGCUUCACGAGUGCAAGUGCGUGGAAGGCUUCACUCCCACGGAAGACCGGCUGAGCUGCGAAGACCUGGACGAGUGUCUGGAGGAGCCAUGCGGCCAUGCGGGCCAUUGCGAGAACCUUCCGGACGGCCAGGGCCACACGUGCCUUUGCCGGGAGAGCCUGCACUGCCACAACUGCAGCUGUUUUGAUGUGGGCGCUGGGGCACGCAUGACCAACACGUCGCUGGCCCUGGGACUCGAGGCCCUCCUCAUAAUCCUGGCGUGUCUCGGGGUGUAUCUGCUCCUGGUGCUGGUGAUUGUGGCAUACACUCGUAGCCGUCGAUCUGACCAGAAGUUUGGCCAUGGUGGGGUGGACGACGAUGUGCGCGAGAACAUCAUCAGCUACGAAGACGAAGGUGGUGGAGAAGAUGACAUGAAUGCCUACGACAUCACGCCCCUUCGUAUUCCCGUGGAUGCCUCUGGUACUCCGCUGGGUGCCAAGCCAGGCCCCGACAAGGCGCCACCUUUGCUCAAAGAAGUGCGCCUGAGGGAGCCGCCGCCCGGUGCCCAGCCCGAGGUUGGGGACUUCAUCCGGGACCACCUGGACAAGGCAGACCAGGACCCUGGGGCACCCCCCGUGGACGACCUGCGCAACUAUGCGUACGAAGGGGGUGGCUCGACGGCGGGCUCCCUUAGUUCACUGGCCUCUGAGACGGACGACCAUGAGCAGCGCUUCGACUACCUCAACAGCUGGGGACCCCGCUUCCAGAAGCUGGCCGACAUGUACGGACAGGGCGAGAGCGAGGAGGACUAGGCGAAACGGGGGACGACCCAAACCCCUCCCCAAAACCCCGUUCUCCAGCAGCCACAGAAUCCUCGGUUUUUGGCGCUCUUGGCACAGAGCACUUCGUCUGCCAGCCGGUCCGCAGCAAGAGUGCCCAUGUAACUGGCCGCCCCUUGCGACGCCGGCCAGCGUGCGGACGGCCAAAGGCUAGGUGAGAGAGAGCCUUGUUUCCGCUCGGGUGGAACAAGGGAGAUGCAAGUACCACCAGUGCUUGGGCACACUCGGUGUAGAGACCGGCAUUUGUUGUGCUUUGUGCCGACAGCUCCAUUUCCUGUCGUUCUGGUUCAGUUUGUUUCUCUCAGGGUAGUGCAACAGGUGCUGCUGAGCUGUUAACUUUGAAAAGCUUUUAUAUUUCGAUUCCUCCUACAUUUUUGAGGGGUGACAACAGAACAGAGGCAGCUAGCUAUUGUGCUGCCUUUUAUAUCUGCCAAAGCAUGUGCAACCUUUUUUUUUUCUUUUGUCCGUGUUUUCAGUUGUUGUUGUUCUUUUGUUUUUUUUGCUAUUUAUAUUCAUAUGCCUUCUGCGCAUUGGUCCCUUUCAAAUGUAAGGUUGUGUUUUGACGACUACCGCAACUAGUUUUAUGUGCUUCUGUAGGUUUGACUGGAUUAAUAUUCUUAGUCCAAUGUUUUAGGACUGAUGAUUGCAGCUCCCACUUUUAAUGAUGAAUUUCAGCUUGACUCCCCUCUCAUCAUUGUGUGAUUAACAGAAAGCAAGGUUGUGUUUUUACUUUUAGAUGUCAUCACGUGCCAUGAUGAACUUUGCAAAUCUUGCAAGGAUUACUGGCACUGCCUACUCUUUUGUAUUUUUUUAUUUUUUUUUUGCUUUGAUAGGUGUGCUCUUGCCAUAUUUUAAUGUUUCUUUGACGAUCGAAAGAAGAUUGCAACUGGAGACGACCACACUAUUUGCGUGCUCAUCUUCAGUUGCAUUGCAGAGUUGAAUUGACUUCUCUGAGGCAACCAUCAUUGAGUAGCUCUGCCCACAUCAUACUGCCCAAAUCUUGAAUGACUUUGUUACCUUUUCUUUUGCCAAGGUUAGUAGGAGAAUGGCCUUCUAUUGUUCUACUGGGAACACUUUAUUGCUUUGGUAGUGCAGCUUUUGAUUGCAAGGUCUCAAGAUUUCCCGUGUCCCCAUUCCUUCCUGAAGUUUGAAUUACCCCUGCUUACAACAUGUGUGCUGACAUCUGUUGGCCGGCUGUGUGUCGCACUCCAUGUGGCCCCUCCCUCCCAAACCGCCCCCUCACGAACGUCACUCCGCGCACUCGAUCGCUCCUCGACGUUCUGCGGAACGCUUCGUUUCAAACUGCCCAGCGGAAUGGCCGGUGGUAAUCUUGUCGUGGAGGUCAAGGCCAUCCAGGGCAACCACCAAAAGCCAGGAGGAGCAAAACAAAGGAGCAAGCUUUCUUUCUCCCCUGGUGUGUCGAAUGCAAGUUUGGCAUAACCACAUACUCUAGGUGCAUUCCAUUUUCUAAGGUGGCUAUGCCGAGUUCUAACGCAAUCCCGGGGCCUCGCCAGGCACAUGAGGCCUGCGACAGCGGUGUUUGGGGCAGUGUUUUGCCCUGUGACAUUGUUACUGCUAAAGUUUCUCCUUUUUUUUUUUUUUUUUUUUUAAUUCACCUUUUGUCGCCAUUGAACCGUUGCCAGAACUUUUGAGCAGCUGUAGACUUGGCGGGGUGAGUGUGAUGAGUGUUCCUUUGUACACAACUAUGUGUAGGAGAGAGAGAGAAAUGAUUAUUUAUUAUGUCCAAGUUGUACACGUAAUGCAUUAUACAUAUACACAUUGCGGCGGUCCCCCUAGCAUGCCGCGAGUACAUGAUGAAACUGGCGAGUUUUCUACACGUUACUGUAUACAACAUGCACAUUGUACUUCAAGUGUGUUCACCUGCGUGCAAGUGUGUCUGGCUGUUGAAAAAAAGAAAUGCCUGCACCUUGGCUUUGUGCGUCUUUUACAUUCAGUGGGUUCCCCCUUUUUUUUUUAGUUUGAAAAGCCCCGACGCUCAAGUCCAUGCAAAGUUUAUGAAGUUCCCCCAGGUUUUGGCAGCAGCCUUGCUUAAUUUAUUUUAGGUAAUUUUAUUUUGUCAAGCUCUCAAUGAAAUUAUUUCAGCCUAUCCUUACUUUUGCUAGGGUUGUGUUUUAUAGCUGAAGGCACAUUGCAUAGGGUAUGUCACUUUUGUUGUCCUUGUGGUGUUUGUGCACAGCACAGCAGCCUGUAAUGGAUAUCAUCACAUCACAAAGCAGGCGUCAAUUUAGAGAUGGCUUUGUUAUUUCUUUUGCAUUAAGACCGCUACCGCCACUGAACUCAUUUGGAACCAUCGAUGGAAUGAUCAUUUUUUUUAUUACGAUUUUAUUGUAAAGCUGGAUGAGCAUAUCACGGUGGAUGAUGAAGUGGACAGACCGCCGUUCAUUCAUUCCGAAGCACCAGAGCAUUAUUAUUGUGUGCUUUUGUUUUUGUAAACUUUUUUUUUUAUCGGAUGGAGUGUAUCAGUACAUGUGUGGAUGUAUCCCUAACCUUGAAUCAUUUUAUUUUUACUUGUUUAGUAAACCGACCCACUGUGCUAGUCACGCCCUUGUUACUAGAACUCUGAAGCCACCUGUGCAAGACUUGGGUCUGCAAAACAAGAAACCCUGAAGCAGGUUGUUGUUUUUUUUUCUCCGCCUCAUCGUAUUAUAAUGAAUUUCACAAGUUUUACCAGCACACAUGUCUAUGUAUCUGGGUCCCCUUUAUUUUUUUUUCUCUGUGGGCAUCUGUUUGUUUUUGUAAGCGUUGCUCACAGCGAGUGCAUCCCAACCUCAGCAUGACUGACAGGCUUUGUGCCCCCCAUUUUGUUCUGGAUACGCUGAAAGGUUGCAGCAUCUCCGGGAGCUGAACAAACUCGCACAUGUUCUCAAAAUAUACACAGACUGCGACGUCUGUGCUGCGGCGAGCAUGCUACAAAUGUAGGAUUUCGUAUUUAAAGAGUGCAGUUAGGGAGUAAUGUUACUGUGUGUGCAUGUUCUUUUCGUGUUUUAGUUCUAUUUUUUCUACGAGCGUAAAGUGGUGUGCAAGUUUAGUUUGGUAUCGGUUUAACUCUGUGAGUGCGCCCCAUCCAGUUCUGUGUCCAGAGGCGGCGCCCUUUUCUGCUGACGCGGAUGCCAUUUGUCUGUCUGUUGCCUUAUGUGAAGUAUGCGUGUGUGCAUGUAAGUGUGCGUGUCGGAAGCAGUGGUUUGGUUCCUUGCCUGAGUUCUCAAAUCGGAUUCGUUGAUGAAGUGCCUAGUGACCUCUCUCAACUGUUCAUUCCCAGUCCGCGGCGGCAGCACUUGGGCGCCGUUCUGGAAGACCCGCCAGUUUGGCCCUCACCUCGGGCGGAUGGGCUGGACUAGUUUCCCUUACUUGCGGGGUUAUGUGUCCACGUCGGUUUUUGUCUUUUUCUUUGUUUAGUACAAGAACCACUUCUUACAUCUUCAGUUCGUUGCAGAUUUUACGAGAAUUGUCCUUGACCCCCUUGUUUUCGUGUUUUACAAUGAGAGUGUCUUUGCUUCGAGUCUGUAGAUGUUAGGUCAUAAUUUUGAAGUCUUAAUAAAAACCACGUAUGUUAAAUAAUUUC